AUGCCUACUAUAAGAGCUGCUUCAUCAUUGGCAGCUCAAGAUGUUAAUUUUUAUAAAUCAGUUGAUGCAAAUAUUAGUGAUGAAAUAGAUAAAAGAGGUGAAAGACUUCUAACAAUAACGAAUGAUUUAUUAAGAACCACUUCAUCAAGUUCCAACGAUGUUGAACAAUUACAAUUUGGCAAAGAUCAUAUUACAAGUGAAGCAUCUUGGAGACCAGUUGGAAAUAUAAUAGAUUCAAUAUUUGAAAAAAUAGAUUUUACAUUUGAUCAAUUAAAUAAAAAUAAUGGUUCCUCCAGUACAAAUGAGAAACAAUAUCUUGAAGAUGGGGGAAACGAUCUGGUACCACAUGACUCAAAUCAAAAGAUCCUGAAACCUCAACGAAAUUUCAAAAUACCCGUUGACAACUCAGAAGAAGAACCAUUUAAACCAAGAAUAUCAACAAAACCAAAUUCAUUACAACCAUGGAAUUCAAUAAAUAAAUUAGUUAAUCCAGAACCUGUGUUUGAAGAUUCAAUUGAACUAAUAGAUCCACCAUAUUAUGCACAUCCUUACGAGUACGAAAUUGAUAAUCAACCAUAUCCUGAUUCCAUAUUGGAAAAAACAGAACCAAUACCACCAAAAGAUUGGUCAACAACUGAAGCUACAUGGGUAGAAACUACAGAAGAUUUAAACAAGAUGAUUGACAUCUUGCUGAAACUGACCGAAAUAGCAGUAGAUUUGGAACAUCAUGAUUAUAGAUCAUAUUAUGGUAUAGUAAGUUUAAUGCAGAUUUCAAAUCGUGAACAAGAUUGGAUAAUAGACACUAUUGCAUUAAGAGAUGAUUUGAUGAGGUUGAAUGAAGUUUUCACGAAUCCAAAUAUUGUAAAAGUUUUUCAUGGUGCAUUUAUGGACAUAAUCUGGUUGCAAAGAGAUUUGGGUUUAUAUAUUGUUUCAUUAUUUGAUACUUAUCAUGCAUCAAGACAAUUGGGAUUUGCAAAGUUCUCAUUACAAUAUUUGUUAGAUACGUUUGCCCAUUUCAGAACAUCAAAAAAAUAUCAGUUAGCAGAUUGGAGAAUAAGACCAUUACCAAAAGCUAUGAUGGCAUAUGCUAGAUCUGAUACUCAUUUUUUAUUGUAUAUAUUUGAUCAACUUCGUAACAAAUUGAUCGAUGCAGAUAAAUUAUCUCAAGUAUUAUUUGAUUCAAGACAGGUAGCAAAGAGAAGAUUUGAAUACACAAAAUUCAGACCAGUGUCAAAUAAUUUAACAAAUAAAGUUUCAUGUCCAAUAAUGGCUUCAAAUCCAAAGGAACCAUGGAGUUCAAUAAUGUACCAGUACAACGUACCAUCAUUUAAAAAACCAGUAAUUGAAGUUUUAUAUAAUUGGAGAGAUUUAGUUGCAAGACAAGAAGAUGAGUCAGUGAGGUACAUAAUGCCAAAUCAAUUAUUGGUGACAUUAGCAUCAAUAGAAGCACCUGUGGAUGUAAACAAAAUUUUAAAUGCCCCAUCAUAUGUUUCAGAAGCAGUCAGAUUGAAUGCUAGAGAAAUUGCAGUAUUGAUUGAUAAAACUUUGAAAGAAAGUGAACAAAAUGAUUGGGCCAUAGUUGAUAAAUACAAUAAUCAAACAUUAGAUCAAUCAAUGACUCAACCAAUUGACAUUGAAUUUGUUAAUGAUGCAUUUGAUAAUUUAAUAAAUGAAGCAAGUUAUAUGGUUGAUAAGAUUUCAUUCAUGACUGAUGAUUCUUCAGUUUUCACACCAAAAAGCUCAAACUCACAAACAAGUACCUAUGAAUAUAAUGAAAAAGAUGUCAAAAGACACAACUUUAGUGAUAUAAGUCAAAAAAGACUUGUUAAUACGUGGAACAAAUUAUGUUCCUUAAGUCAAUCAGUAACUAUACCGGGCGAACUUUUAGAGAUUGAAAUAGAAGAGGAGGUAGAACCAGAAAAUGACGAAUUAACUGAAUCUGCUGAGUUGGAAGUAGAAGAGCCAAAGCCUAAAACUGGUCAACAAGUAUUAUUCAGUAAAGAUAAAGAUAUAAACCCAGAUGAAUUAAUAACGCUUCGGAAAAAUAACAAAAAUAAAAAUAAAAAUAGAAAGCAAUUGUCACAAGAAGAUGAACCAAGUAUUGAUUAUGCAAACGCUGAUAAGAUUUUGAUAGACUCAACUAAAAAACAAGAUAGAAAGAAGAAAAGAUCAUUUGAUCCAAAUGCUAACCCAGAUGCUGGUCCAAGAGCAGCAAAAAAGAAGAAAAAUAUGACUGCUGGUAGAACAUCUACUUUUAAAAUGAAAUAUGGGAAAGGAAAUAAAAAAUAG